GCCCUCAACACAUACAUGGGGGACAUUCUGGAGGUGGUGCUGGAUUUUGGAGGAGACAUCCUGAAGUUUGCAGGGGAUGCUGUGCUGGUGCUGUGGAGAGCAGCACAGCCUCACCUGCCUACAGCCAUCAACCUGGCGCUGCAGUGCUCCAGUGAAAUCCAGAAGAAGUACGGCACUCAUGACACACACAUGGGUCUCAUGCUCCACCUGAAGAUAGGUACGGGCAUAGAUGGGUCAGCCCCGGUACUCUCCAGAGCUGAUGGAUAGCCUCCCCUGCCAGCAUUUGCAGGACAAGCAGGAGGCAGUGAGGGCAGGGGAGGUCAGGGCUCCUUCCCUGCCUGCCUCACAUCAGCUGUAGCACAGGCCCCUCGCUCCCAGCAAGGGUCCCAGAGCACAGCCCGCUCCGUCCGUGGGGGCCCCAACGUCUGACCCCACUGGGAGGUAGAUCCCACACCCGGUCCCCAGACGGGCCUCUCUGUCCCGCCUGCCCCUUGGAUAAGAGAUGUGUCACCUCUGGGAUGCUUCCUCAAGUUCCAGGAGCUAAACAGCUUGGUGCUUUUCAUGGCGAGCAAAGGGGAACUGCUUUGCCUAACAGCUUUGAGCCGGGCUUUUGCAGGCUCUCCUCGCACCACAGACAGCAUGCCUGGGCUGCAGACUGUGGGCAGAGACUUCAGCUGGGACUUCCACAGGACCUCUUCUAUCCUCCGUCUCUCUGGGUCUCCCUGUUGCUUUUCUCCCCUUUGCUUCGCCUCGAGGGCCCCCUUCCCCAGCUCACCGGAAGGCUCUUGCCUUCUCAGGCACACACUUGCAACCUGCCUUCACAUAAACAGAGCAGACGCUGCUCAAAGCUGCUGCUCUGCAGGGCUUGCUCUGUAGGCCGCUGGCUCAGAUGCCCAGCAGUGCCAAUGCACUGUCAGUGUUGACUUUGUUUGCCCCUUUGUAGACGCCCGUUUCUGGGACCUGUGUGGCUAAUGGCCCCGAGAAGGACGCA